GUGGCAUGUGCUUUGACCUCAGGCCGUGAGGAAGAGGAGGCAUGAGGAAGAACUACAGCGCUAUCCCGCUCAUCUAUGUGUCAGAGGUAGCGUUUUUGAGUUUUUCUGUCUGUUCGAUGUGGUGGAUAAGGGAAUCACUUCUCUUUAUGCAGCUCAAAUGAAGUCAGUUGCAGAGUCACAUGUAAUCAGCAGCGUAUUAUUGCCCUCAUAAACUCUGCAUGAGUCACAUGAGAAGCUGUACAGUAUGUGUGAGAUAGACUUUAUCACUUGUUUACCACUGAAAUGUCCUCUGUUAGUUACCAAGAUUGUACAUUUUGAUAUCUUUUUUGGGCUCAGCGUUCUUGGUAUAACUCACUAUGAUUAUGAACUAUAAAGAUUGAUUUUAUAUGGUUUGGUUCAUUACAGCCUUGUUGAUAAAUUUGUUAUUUUACGUUUGAGAUGAGCAAUUGUUUAUUUGACAGUUAGAGGUUGAGUCCGGCAAGUUUCACCGCGUUUGUGUCAGUGUGAAGCAUGUGAUUGGCCUUUGCUGCUCGAGUAACAUCUAAGGAAUGUGUACAGCAAGCCAUCGAUCAGGCAGAGCUUGCUUUCUUCUUCUCUGCCUUUCUCGCUUGUCCCUGAAGUUUCUCCGAGUGCUCCUGCAGGAGUUCAUGUUUGUGGUCCUCCUGUCUUUAUCUGUCUAUCUCAAUCUCAGCCGCUCUCUUGUUAUUGCACUCUGUGGCUAAAUUUAGAGCCAAUUCCGAGAUGUUCGCUGUUCUUUGGGCUGCCCUUAUUGUGCUGACGUUGUGAGUUUCUAUGUGUGCAUGCAUUAUGUGCCUCAGUCAGCCAGUAUAUGCACAACAAAAUGCCAUCAAAAUAAUGUUAUGUAACCCCUCCAGUAUAAUGGGGCUUUUCCUGUCAAGCCAACACUGGCCUGUGCCAGUCCACAAACAAGGAAAUAGUAGAAAGAAGCAGCUUUUUUUGUUUGUUUCUGCAGGGAAGUCCUGCAACAAGUCACAGUGUUUUCACAGCUUCUGCACCACUGAUGUGUUGUCAAAGCCUCCGUGCACAGUAUAUCUACAGAGCCUCAGAAAUGCCCUCCAACUGUUAACUGUGGUCACUUCCAUCCGUUUACCAUGGUAACCAUCGCAGUGUCUCAGACACUCAGCAAUCAAAGACCUCGGUCGAAGCUUUUAUUCCCCCUCUGUUGUCGCUCAUUAAGCUGCAUGUCAACAGCACAUUUCUCUGGCUACUAUACCUCACUGAGUGUCUUGUGCCUUUAUCCUCACACUCUCAAGCCCACUCUGAAACCAACACUUUAAUUUAGGAUUUUGUUUAUGUUUCAUUAACGGUUAAAGUGGUAUUAGUUGUGCAAAUUAUACUUCCCCAGUGUUGUCAAAAGGCCUGCAUUUCCCACGUCUCUCCUUCCCCUUUUACAUCUGUUACAUGAAGUAAGAUCUCAAUCAGCACAACUCUGUGGCACAAAACUAAAGAACAGCUUAUUAUUUAUGAUUAAUUACAGCCGUCAUGUGUAGAAUUACUAUUUUAUCACAAACAGCUCCUGCAUCUCUGCAUUGUGCUGUAUUCACCUUUCUCUGCCCAUGUAGAGGUUGUGAUAUAAGUCUGCUGACCCUGUGCACUAUGCAUUUCACUGUGCUGGACUGAAAACACAUCCCACCCACUCUGGUUAUGGAGCCAUUAAAGUGAAGUGAAGCCAACAUAUUUACUGCACCUAUAUUCAUCAUACUUGUCUAAUCAAAACAACAAACAAACAAAUAUUACCUUAAUAAUUUGAAAGAAGCUUUAAUCACAUACAGUGCAAAAAUUCCAGAGAAGGCCGGUUUCACCAGAAAUCACUUGUUGUGUUGAAUCACAAGUGGCUGCAAAUAGUUCAGUGGAAGUUCCCAAAUUGAAUUACUUACCUAAAUAGAUUGUCAGUGAGGGUUAAUGUGAAGAUAGUGUGUGCUUCCCUUCGCUGUCUGUUUUUCCAUCACAGUAAUGAUCUGUUAAGAGUAUAAGGCUCCAAACAAUUACUUUCAUUAAUUAGUGUUUUGAUUAUUGUCAGCCAUGCUGGCAGAGUGGCUCCCAGGAUGGUGAUGCUUUGGUUCAGACUGAAAUAUCUCCACAACUGUUGGAUGGGUUGCCUUUACAUUUUGUAGAGACGGUCAUGGUUUUUAGAGCUUUUUCAGGGAAAACUGCUGCCAGAUUUGACCGAAAAUGACUGUAUGAGAGCUGUGAGAGGGAACCAAACCAAUAAAGUUAAAGACCGGACAGCAAUGAGCUGAAACUCACUAUACAGCUCUUUGUAAAGACAAAGGGAGCUGAAGAUUCAGGUAAAAGUGACCGAAUGUGAUGUUCUAUCUGUCGAGAUUCAGCUUACGAUACAGUGUGUGUGCGUGUGUGUGUGUGAGUGUGUUUGCUGUCAUUAGAGUCUGGAAGAGAAGUCCAGAAAAGUAAUCUCUUUCCUUGUAUGUGAAAAACAUUAUACCAGAUAAGAUUUAUUCAUAGUUGACUUGUUUGGUUAAAUAAAAGUCAAACAGAGCAGUGUGUGUUUGUACGUGUGUGUGUGUAUGUGCGCGUGUGUGCUCAGCCUCAUUAACAUAUAACCUUGUCUAUGUCAGAAGCCUCUAGCUACCUGCUCUGAAGAGAAAAACAGGCCCUGUACUGUAAAUAAAGGUUUCGUUUUUUCUCUAUCGCCAUCUGUUUUCUCUGUGAAGUCAGCAGCAGAAAUAAGAAAUGUGAUAUUCUCGCUCUGUUCUAACUUUCAUGCUCUCUUCUUGGCUUUAAGGUCACUCCGGUUGCAAGUUUAUUAGCUCUAAUUCCACAACAUUACAAUAAAUCUGCUAUCAUUAUGCUAAGCUAAGCUAAUGGCUAUAGCUUCAUGUUUAACAGACAGUUAUGAGAGUGGUAUCGGUCCACUCCUCAACCGAUUAUUCUGUCGGUCAACUAAUAAUCGACUUAUUGUUUCAGCAUUAGAAGAGAGAUUUCGCCAUCAGCCAUCCGACAGUAUAUGAACGUUGAUGUUUAAUCUGCUGAGUUAUUUGAUGACACAUGUUGUCAUAUCCUUUUAUCUCUCUGACCACUUGCUUUAAUGUCACACCUCCGUAUCUUACAGCUACUUUAACUCUCUCUCUCUCUCCGCCUACAUGUCACAGCAGCUGUCAUUUACUCUAUAAAAAUACAUUCAUCCUCCAACAAGGUCUCGAACCACUCGGAGGAAGACAACGGGACAUUAAAUGUCAUGAGCUGGUGGUGUAGUGUGGGCAGCGAUGUGGGCGUGUAGCAGGGAUGACACAUGAAAGCGUGGCCCCGCACACUUUGAAAGUGUGACCCUUUAGAUAUUUAUUUCAAACGGCGUCUGGCGCCCAUCAGAUAGGUUGCACUGUCCUUUAUGAAAGUAUUCACACAUUCUGGUGGUCAGAUCAGCUCACGUUACAGUGUUUAUGUUACUGGAAUACAUCAAAGUUUAGUUAAAACAUGCUACAGGCAACAAUCCAUGAUUACCAUGUACAAGUAAGUUACCUUGAGUAAAAGUAUUAGCUGCAAAAUGGCAUAUAUUAGAGUGUGCUUACUCUAAACUUCAGCUUUGCUGCUCUGGUUGCAGGUAUAAACAAUGCCUUUGUGCUUUAACUACAAUGUUAUACAGACAGUAGGGAGACACUGGUGAGAGGUGUCUGGGAGCAAAUGCAAUCCAAGGCUGCUCAUGCAUCAAGAACAAAGUGACAAGGAAACAGCCAGAAGCCGCUUGUGGGUGAAAGCAGCAAAAAAAACGUUAAAAAAAGGCCGGGCCACAAACUGUGUGAAAGUAAUGAGUGUCAGCAUGAAUUCCAUCACUGUGUAGAACGAAAAACCCAUGAGAAGCUGGUUGUUUGAGACCAAAGGUGGGGAUCAAAUUAGGUCCAGGAUUUUAGAAACAGUGAGGUCAGGAGCCCCAAAUAAUUCUUCAAAUAUGGAGGGCCGGGCCCAGCUGUUUUUAUUUCUAUAAUCCUGGCCCUAAUUGGAUUUUUCCCAUUUGAAUUAUUCAGUUAACUGUUCAAUUGUAUUCGCUGUGCAUUUUAUUUCCCGUCUUGUAGGUUUAGAUGGAAGUUUCAGUUGGUUGCAAUCUGCUAUCUCGCCACUAGAUGUCGCCAAAUCGGACACACUAGACCUGUACAUGAAGGAAUGGGCCAAAACCUUUUUAUAUUCCCCGAAGUAUGGAGUGGUAUUGGCACCAAUUUAACAUGUAGCUGUAGCCUUUUGUUCAUAUUUUUAUUAAUGUUGGCCUAAAAGUAGACAAAUUAAAGUUUAUUGCGGUUAAAAAAAUUAUAAUCAGCCAGUAAAAUGCUCUUUAUUUUGCAGAUAGAGUACAGUUUUGUUGUAGUUUGGGCCUCCAAAACCCCCCGUCUCACUUCUGCCUAUUCAGAAGACCACCUGUUUCAUGUCCAGAUAUAUGCCUCUCUGUAUUUCUGUCUUUAAUAGUAUCAUAAGUGCCAUUUACUGUCCACAACUAUUGUAUGCAAUAAAACUGCAUCAGGGUUUGUAAAAAUAGUGUCCGUGUGAUUAACCUCGACGGUACAGCAUCCAUCUGCUGCAGAGCCUCUAUUCCAGGCAGCUUAAAUUUACCAUCAGAGUCUCCUAAAAAACCCCGCCAGCCCCUUUUCAUUCCCUGCAUUCCCAUUCAAGUGCCCCAUUGAUUUAGUUCCCCUGCUAUGCUGGGACAAAAGAUAUGGCUGGAAAGCAGGGAACCUUAGCCCUCCCUGAAGAAAUGCUUUUAUAGAGGCUGAAAAGACUGUGAGGAGGAGGAGCGACGCUUCGUCUGUUCAUUUGUUGGAAAGAGAGAGUUGCUUUUAAUGCAGAGGUUACAAAGAGAGGAGAGCUAGUGGAAAACUCUGGAGCCGGUUGCUCUUUAUCGAUUCAAACUCAGCCUAGUUAUCAGAAAAGUACUUCACGUUUAGUGGAGAUUUACGUAUCAUUAAAGUAAUUCGCAUUUGUACCAUACAAACUACUUCCACUAAUUAUUUACUCAGGUGUAACUACCGAGCCACCUGAGAUGAAUGAGAAAGCUUAUAGUCAGGAGUAAAUUAAGUUAAUACAGUAAUGUGUUCGACACGUGACACUAUACCUCCAAUUACAAAACGUUAUGCCAAUUACACUAGCUAAAUCAGAUCAAAUAUUUCUCUCUCCUUCUAAAUUACAUGAAUACUGCUGACUGUUACUUCUCCGUAUACAAAUAAAGUCACACUUAUGCAGGUAAGCCCACAAGUUAGCAACUACUGGAAGAAUUUGAGGCAUGUAGUCGGUAAAGAGAAGUGGGUGGAGACCAAAAACAGAGCAAAAAAAGGGUGCUUACAUUCAUCCGGUGGGCAGAAACAUGACUCCAAAUGAAUGCUAAUGUUGCUCCGUAUCUGCUAGAUGAAUAAGUAAGCAACUGUUUGCUAACAACUUGUCGUGUUCACAGCUUGUUUCCUUGAAUCAGUGAAUCAGUAGUUUGAAACUAAGUAGACGUGACCUCUUGGGAAGGACUCAUGUCUACAUUUCAUACAGACUUGUUAUCAUGGCGGAUCCUGAGUGUGUCAGACUGAGUCCGCUCUGCUGAUUAAUUCUGCCCGGUGAUAUAUGAGGAUGCUCAGGCUGAUCAAUCACUGUCAUCUCUACCAAACGGGCAGCCACCGCAGCAGAAAACCCUCCUGCUCUCGACACCCUUUCUGUUGCAACAUAUUUGUGUGCGAGUGAGGAUCAUUACUCGUCCACUAGUGAGCCUAAUGGGCCUUAUCAGCAUCAAUAGCACACGGUGAAAUGAACAUUUAGGGUCGUAGAAACUAGCCUUGCUGACAAAUCCAUCUUCUUUGGCAGAGAUAGAUCCAGAGGGAUUACAUGAUAUUUAAGUCAGGGUGACAUAGAUGAUGUGCUCUGUUUGAUUGAAGCAAGGCUGCAGAGUUAUAACGCUAUAAAGGUCCAAUCAAUAAGUGAAAGAACUGUGGGAGAUGUAGCCAUGAGGUGAGAGAGACAGGCAGGGAAGGAGACGCGUUGUGAUAGAAAAUGUAAUUGCUGGCACUAAAGCAUUGACAUAAUGAAAGGCUGACAGCUUUAAUAAAAAGAGAGAUAUUUGUGGACAGGUUACUCACAGCCAUAAUGAAAGAAGGGAUGUUAUUUAGUGGCACAACCUCACUGCUCCUGUUACUGAGCCCAAAGGAUGUGCAUGUGCAUGUGCCAUGUGCAAGCGUCUCGCUGUUCAAUUGAUUCUGCCUUCGCCCUGCAUGGCGCUAGGGAUGGAAGACGGGUUUUACAUACAGAUGCACACAGCAGUGGGUCGCAGCUUUUUGUGCUCAUCUGGAUGUAGACACAUUCCCAAAUGACAACAUUAAAAACACAUUAGAGCGUCUAUGCGACAGUGAUCUCAGCCAGACAUUAGGCAGGAGACGUAACUGUGAAAUGUGAAAUAUCUUAAUGUAAUUCUCGGCGCGUAAUUUCCUUUUUUUCCCCACGGUGCUCCGAUAUCUUAUCAUUUACUUGUAGUACACAUUAAUUCCCUGUCUGUGUAAUGGAUAAAGAUGAAUGCAAGAUUAAUGAAACAUGAUCUGCUUGAGGUGUAAUCUCAUCCACAUAACAUCAGUUGGUUUGGUCUGUAUCUGUUCAGUAUGAUGUACUGAUUGUGUGUUGCAAGGAACAAAAGAAAUGAGGAAGCAAAGAGACGUUUCUUUUUACCGACAGACGUCUGAACACACAGUCUGCUCUGGAGAGUUCCCCUUCCUGUCUGACUCAGAGACGCAGCAAUAACCGGGCCGGAUUAAGACAGCUGUUUGUCAAUUAGCUCUCACUUUCUUUUCUCACACAUAUUAAAUGACGUCAGGUUUACUGUCAGUGAGAAAUAGGAACUGCGGGAUUCACGUCAGUUUUACUGGCAUACAUCCUCCAAAUAUGUAAAUUGGGUGGACUAAAUGUUGGAAACAUUAAUGUGUGCAGUCCAACACAACAAGAGAACAAGUAUAUAUGUAUGAAAUGUACCAUAGAGCAACUAAGGAAGAAGACUCAACAAAAAAGAGAACAUCUUAUGUAAUUCCAGGUUGUUGCGUUACAUUUCAUCAUACACGUGUUUCUAUUUCGCUGGUGCUGCAGUUGCACUGAAGUCAGUUAUACUGGUAGAGAAGUAAUAAUAAGACAUGAGUCAUGCAGCAUCAUUUUAAAGCUGCCCCAAGAACCCCAACAGAAUUAUCUGAGGCCCCCUUCCCACCAGAAAGUUCUGACCCCGGUAACCUAAGCCUUGUAGAAACCCACCAGAACAUCCUGCACCACCCCUAACUUAAACAUUCCAGAACCCUGACAGAAUGUCCCCCAACAACGUUCCCAAAUCCCACUGGAACAUUCCAAUUCCAUUCACCUAAACAUCCCAACGUCUCAGAAUCCCUUCAGAAUGUUCCCAACACCGUCAAACAUUCCAGAGCCUCCUCUUCUCCCAAGACAACCCAGAGCCCCACGUACACUCUCCUGACCAGUGACAGUGUGUGUGUGUUACGGAAGUCAGGCUGAUGUCACUGCUGAGAUGGAGACAGGAAGCGCUGCAGGAAGUCCAUAAAGAACACAAACAAUGGCAUCUUGUGGAUCAGAGUGGAUUUUUUGUGUGCACACGCAAAAGCAUCAGUCCUUGACCGACACAUGGAUUUUAUGUCAUAUUCAAACCAUGAAAUCUAGAUCAGAAAUGCUGUGCACUGUCUCUCUUUUUGGCAGAUAGUUGGAUUUUGAUCUCUAUAUUGCACUUAUUAAAUGUCAGAUGGGGGGGGGGGGACAUUUAGAUGAAGAAUUGGAACUGCAUGCACGUCAGCGUGUGUGUGUGUGUGUGUGUGUGACAGAAUUCUUUAUUUCCUUGCAAUGCAGGGAAAUGGAAUAGUCUUAAAGUGGACUUUUGUAGCGGUUUUACAGCCUCACAGGAGUCGUGCAGUGCUGAAAUACCCAUUAGGGAUCUGCUCUUAAUGGCAUUUACAUAACAGUUGUUUUCUGUGAGCCCACAGCCAAUACCCUCUGUGGAUCAAAUCAAUGCUAAAGUACAAAGAGAGCACCAAUCUGGAUCUAAAUAAAUGUCACAUUUAACUCCCUGCCUGCUACCUCUCUUUCACACACGCAUAAGCGUGGAUGUAAUAAAUCAAUACCCAGGGGAAAUGGACUGGAAGUGUAUUAGGUUAUUUAGGAUUGAUCACAACAGAAAGAUUUGUCGUGGAUCCAUCCCAGAGCCAUGCAACGAUCUUUCCUAAAUACGCACACACGCACUCACAGAACCGAUGUGAUUGAAUCAGCCUGGAUCGGAUUCAACUUUCAAUAACGGAGCUCUGGCCCUGCAGGCGGCCUCGGUGCCGGGUGCUUGUUCUCUGCCCUGCAGGCCUCAGAGUGUCCGACCUGUCAGCACACACGCUUGUCACGGUGAUUAAAAGGUGGCUGACUCAGAAAGUGGGCUUCAGGUCGACGCGUGCACGAGAGGGGAGAUAACGAUGAAGAACGACAAGAGGGUGAGACGGGGAUGAAACACCUGUCGGUAUGUCUUCCAAUAUACGGAGGAGUCCACUUAUAGCGUGUGGAUGAAUACUUCAUGUGAGCGCGGACAGUAAACUAUAGACCCAUAUCACAUGACCUGCUAAUCAUACUAAUUGGUUUCUUUAUCAGUGAUGCCAGAGUAGAGCUGCUCUGCCCUUAAAUCAUUCAUGAGUCUCUCCCCAGACCUACAAAUGUGUGUUUGCAUGUACGUGUGUUUGCAUGUUUGUGUGUGUGUGAUUCAUAGGGGGGUGUAUUCGAUAUCCUCCGCAGCCCCUCCCUGUGUUGACGCGGUGGGCGGGGCUUAAUCACACAUUGUGCUUCCCUGGCUCGCCCGGUUUAGAGGGAUUACCGGCCGUGCUGUGGAACGAACCACACCGUCGGUCGGUUUUUUUUCUUCCCCUCACCGGCAGCGGUGGUGAGCCAGCAGGACGCCGUGAUGACACGUGUUGUUGCACCGACGAAGCGAACGGACGACGGUCAACUUCACACCUGAGGACAAACAAAACAAAACAAAACGGGAGAUCAAGUGUGAGCCUCGAGAGUAUGUUCCGGAGCUCGUGCUGCUGUGGAGAAAAGUUCACCAGGAGUAGGGAUACUCUCACACCAGAGACGUUAAUAUGGUAAAUAUAUGGUUAAUAUGGCGCUUUGUACUACAAGCUAACCGUCAUUAGAGGAGAAGUGGAGUUAUCCUGCUUUCUGUUUCCUCCUAAAAUCCUCUAACAGCUGACGCUCCAUGCCCGACGAUCCAGACACGUUUUGCUUUAUUGUGUGAAGACGCCAACUUGUCAUUAUAUAUGCAUGUAUACAUGCAUACGUAUGAAUCUGCAUUUUCCAAUUCUUAGUUCACACAAUCGUGUGCUACCAAAAUGCACUGCGGUCUGAAGCUCUUAUAUCAUGUUAUAUACGGCUGUGUGUGUCUGCACGUGCAUCACAUUAACAGAUGUUAUAAUGGAGUUUGGUGGAGAUGAGCCGAGCUUCUUGCAGACCGCCUGCAGGCAGUGAACUUGCCACAAGUCAUUUUGUGUCUAGGAGACCUUUUUUUGUGACCCAGACAUCACGUGACUGCACAGCAGUAUAAGCACCCACGGGCAAAGCAAGUUGAUCCAGUCUGUCUGCAGGUGUUGAAAUAUGUUCUAUUAUGUCCUUUUUAUAUGGAAACAGAAACAACAGGGGAGUUUGCUGUUUUUCCUCGAGGAGUGUUCAAGUUGUAUCAAAGAGUAAGUGCUUGUGUCACUGUGUUAUUCCUCCCAAAGGUUGAAUAACAUGUGUUAUAACAGAGAACUGGUGGUCCUCUGACCCACUUGCAGGGGGGCUCACUACACAGAGAGCUGCUUCUUGUUCACCUUUUAUCUGACAAAGCUCAGGGGAUACGUACGGAAGCGUCGACUGAGCAUCCUUCAAGCAGCCGAGCCGCCCCCGGGGUGCAAACGUAUUUUUCCUGCUGAGCGGCGAUCUGGGUGCAGGAUGAAGAAGCCUUGCCCAAGGGCACCUGAGUGGUAGUUGCUGUGGAAGCAUAUAGCAUUAGUCAUUUUCCCCAAGCACAUUUUCCAGACAGUAGCUGGAAAGUCUAGUGUUUGUAAGAGGAGAGGAGAGUCUGUUCGAUGAAGUUGGAAGUAGAACUGAAAGCCUCAAAUCGGGACGGAAACUUGUACGAAAGCUUACUUUCAUUACACACGUUUUCUAACCUGCGCUGUUUACUCUGGUUGAACGGUUCAUUUUCAUCCGUGGACAUGAAGAAUGCACAGCUGUGAAACUCGCUAACCGAGCAGCAUUAAGGCUGCAAACAACCCAUAAUGCAACACUCUCUGUAGGAGCUGUCUGUGUUUUCAAAAGGAACAUUUGAGGUUGUGAAUACGCAGAUGUUUGCUCCUGUGUCAUCAUAUAAUCGGGUCAAAAUACAGUUAAUCAGUAGGCUCAGCUUAAAGUUAAACCCUACUGUCCUCUUGUGUGUAUAAUUAAUGCACCAAGUAGCCUGUUCUCUAGCUACCAUCAGAUCACUUUCAAAGAGGAAGAUUUGCUCCUCUGCAGGCUGAACUUUAGUGUGUUUGUGGAGGAUGGGGGGGGGUGUGUUUCCUUCUCUGAGCUCCUGAUAGUUUCCCCCUCUGGGCAGCAGAUUCUUCUUCUUCUUCUUCUUCUUUAGAUUCAUGUCAAUAAGGAGGAGUUUUGGGACUGUUUGGACCAAAGAACACAUUUAAAGGAGAUAUUGUGAUUGUCUUUUACGAUUAUGGGAUUAAUCUAAAGAAAAAGAAUCGACAGAUCAGUCGGUUCGUUGCAGCUCCAUAACUGCUGGCUGACAUAACAAACACAAAACAAAGGAAGGAACCGACUCUGCCCGUCGCCUUUUCUAUUUAGUCUCCUGAAAGUGUUUCGGGGUGCUAACAGCCGUCCUCUGAAGUCUCGUAUAUUUAAUGAGCACUUUGUUCUCUUUAUUUAAUCAUCGACGCUCGCUGAAGUGUCUGCGCAUUUUCCUCGUUGUAGCUUCUCAACGGUGAGAUUUGUUUUUCGCUUUUAAACUGAACAUUUUUGAUAAAUUUAAGAUUGACAUUUUACACCGUUUUCUGUCUUUAAAUGAGCAAACAAGUCAUAGAUUAAUUGAUCAAAAUAUUCUCUAGCUUCUAUAUUAUUUCUCUCGUUAGCUCAGUAGAACCGGCUUUUGUUCGGGGUCAUUUUAAGACUUAAGAUUUGAGAAGUAAAAUGAAAUAUUCUUUAAAUUAUCAUAGAUGUAUGGAUAGAAAUAGAGCAUGCAAAGACGAUAUAAUAUGUCCCUAGCCGUUGGCUGUUAAUUGCACUCAACAGGUCCAAGCUUGUUUAAUUUUGUGCUGUGUUUCUGUGGGAUGCAGGAAACCAGUUCUUGCAGUAUAUUUUGAUUUAUGGGCAGCACACACACACACACACACACACACACACUCCCUCCAUCAGCACCACAAAUCACAGUGACGAGCUGAGCCGUGGCCUUUGUUUGACCAUUGCGAGCGAGCAGAACGGGAGGAGUGGAUGUCGUUGACUGAUGCUCUUCAGCUCCCUUCAUUGGUCAUUCGCGCCGGAGUGCGAGUCCGCCUCUACUCAAUGGCGUCUGUUGUCAGAGCAACCGAUGGAAUCUGUGUCGUAUCGCGGAGUAAAUGAAGCUUCGACUUAUUACCGAGCGAGGGAGGGGACGUGAGCGCUGGAGGAGGACAGAGGUGGAUCUGUGAAAUGUGAAUUAUUGAGACGUAGUUGCACGGGUUCAUCUCUUCCUCUCAAUGCGUUUGGAUUAGCGAUGGAGUGGGCUAAGCUGACGGCCGAGCGCAGCGCUUGCGAUGCCAACAUCCUCAGCAUCCCGGUGCCCAUUCGCCGCGGCGGCUCAGAGUCCAACCUGGUGGACAGCAUCGGGGAUGACGGAGUCGGGCUGGAUUUCACCAAAGGAGCGCUCGGCAUCGACAGCCUGCAGCAGAAGGUCCUUAAGGUGACGGAGCAGAUCAAGGUGGAGCAGGCGGCUCGGGACCAGAACGUCGCCGAGUACCUGAAGCUGGUGAACAAUGCCGACAAGCAGCAGGUGGGACGAAUUCGCCAGGUCUUCGAGAAGAAGAACCAGAAGUCGGCGCACACCAUCGCCCGGCUGCAAAGGAAGCUGGAACAGUACCACCGACGCGUGAAGGACAGCGAGACCAACGGGAAACACAACCACAAGGAUGGCAGCAGCAGCAAGGAGUCCGGGACUCACAGCAAAGAGGGAAGCCUGCGGGACAUCAGCGCCACCGGACGCCACCCGGCGCUGGAUAAAGUGAAGACGAUCGGGCCCGGCGUGUCGCUCUCGCCGCCGUUCUUCUUCAACAAGUCCCGGGAGUUCGCCAACCUCAUCAGGAACAAGUUCGGCAGCGCCGACAACAUCGCCCACCUCAAGAGCUCCAUGGAGUCGGGGUCCGGGCUGCACGUGGACGGCGCCGCGAGGGGCCUGAGCGGGAGCGCCACCACGGUAGCCAAAGCGUCAAAGUACCAGAGCGACGACGAGUGCUCCACGGGGACGUCCGUGUCCGCAGACUCCAACGGGAACCCGGCCGGGGGCUCCGGGGCCGGAUCCGGGGGUCCGGGGAGGUCGGACUCCAACGGGCGUCUGGGGGAGGUGCUGGACAUGGUGCGCGAGAUCAGGGAGGCUCAGGUGCAGCUGGCCGAGGACAUGGAGACUCUGAACACACAGUUCAAACGAGACUACAGCUACUUCACACAGAUGAUGCAGGAGGAGAGAUACAGGUAUGAGCGGUUGGAGGACCAGUUAAAUGACCUGACGGAGCUCCACCAGAAUGAGACCAGUAACCUGAAGCAGGAGCUGGCCAGCAUCGAGGAGAAGGUGGCCUACCAGGCCUACGAGAGGGCCAGGGACAUCCAGGAGGUGCUGGAGUCGUGUCAGACUCGCGUGUCAAAGCUGGAGCUCCAGCAGCAGCAGCAGCAGACGGUGCAGGUGGAGAACACCGAUGCCAAGGUGCUGCUGGGGAAGUGCAUCAACAUCAUGCUGGCCAUAGUCACCGUGAUCUUGGUGUGCGUUUCCACAGCGGCCAAGUUCGCCGCCCCUCUGCUGCGCAGCCGCGUUCACCUGGCGCUCACCUGCGUGGGCGUGUCCGUGCUGGCGCUGCUGUGGAAGAACUGGGAACAUUUGCAGAGCGCUUUGGAACGAUUGCUCCUCUCGCACUGACUCGAGGGAGCGCGAAAGCAGACGACCAACCCUGAAGGGUCCAGGUUUUUGUCGAGUUUACAUGUAGCCUUCUACACCAGCCCUUGUUGUGGGCGCCACGUGAUUGGUUCACGGCUUUGUGCUUUGCAUGUCUCAAUGGGGUCCACGGAAAAGCCUUUCCCAGAAUGCACCUCCGCUGUCAACACACAAGCUGAUAUAAGUUAUAACCGAGAUCCACAACGUGCUGAAGGUGCAAACAUAUACAACUUUGACACAACGCUGACAUAAAAGUAUAUCGCUACAAUCCAAAGUAACAACUAGAAGAUGAAUCAACUGGAAUUAAUCGGCCAUAUUAUUGGCUUUAGGAUUCCCCACCUGGAUUCUGGAUCGCAGCAACAAGACACUAAAAUCUAAACGGAGGAUUUGAUCGGUGUGUGGAAAUACGGCCGGUUAUUUCCUGUCCUGUUUUAAAGGGACGUGUAUCUGUUGAGGCCCCACCUCACCCCUCUGAACACUCUCACGGGCUGCAUGUGGCCAGUCAAGCAGUCCUGAACACCGGCCAGCUGUGACAACACAAAGACACGUCCACCCGAAGGUUGAUUUGUACUGUGUACUGAUCUGUCCUGUAUUUAUGUCAUGUUUAUUCUCGUCUCAUUUAAAACGUUUUAUACGCUGUUGUUUUAAACUGUGGGUGUGUUUUGUGUGUGUCUGCUUCUUGUUUGUGUCUCCACCGUGUUCCACACAAUGUUUGCUUCCUUGGAGAGAGUUUGGUGAACACUCACACUAUGAAGCUAGAGCCAGGAGAUGAUUAGCUUAGCAUAAAGGCUGGAAACGAGUUUAAACGGCUAGCCUGACUCAGUAAUUAACAUGUUAUAUAUGUUAUUUAAAUACAACAAUUUGUGCUUUCAUGUGCAGGACUGUUUCUUGGAUAGAAGCAUUGACUUUCUGUCACUGUUUUGCUCAUUGGCAGAUUUUGUUAUCUUUGGACAGAACCAGGAGCUAAGCUAAGCUAAGCUAACCGUCCGCUGGUUCUACUCAUUUAACUCUCUGUAAGAAAGCUUAAAAGCGUUUUUCCCAAAAUGUCAAAGUAUUCCUUUUUAAAUGAACUCUUUUAAACUGCCUCCUGUCUCGUUGAUGCUUUGGGGUUUUCGUCAUGUAAACUCUGUUUCGUGUUUUUCGGGUAACGUAUGAGUUGACGUGCAGCUUUAGCAUCGACCAGCUAGCCUGUAAACUGUGAGGAAGGCCGACACGAUUAGAGAAAAGCUCUAGCAUGUUUUGGCUUUUUAUUGAAUUGCCUUUUUUUAUUUUUCCAGGUGAACGGAACAAAAUUAACUUUUGUGUAAAGCCUUCGAUGUCGUGCUGCGUUCAAGUCCUGUGGGAAUAGUCCUGACUUGAAAGGAUUCCCACCUGAUGAAGCUGCGGGGAGACCGUGAUUGAUUACCGCUACUACAUUUCAAUCGCACGUAAUAAUUCCCUUCAGCCUUUUCACACUAGCCGGCUGAGAAGUGCCUCAUUGGAGAUGAAGCUAGCACACUAACUCAUGCCCUGCCAUCAGAUUUUAAGAAGUAUGAAUUGCAAUGACUGAAAUGUCGGUAACUUAGAAGAAGUGAUGGCAUAAACCCCUUGGCGACCGUUUUUCCCACGUGACUUGAAUGCACCAUAACAGACUUCACAGAGGAAAGCGCACCAUGUAGCGCUGUGCUCUGUAACCCUGCACACUGUGAUGAUGGGGGUAUGAACCGGGACUGAAGCCGUGUCAGUUUAUUUUAUUCUUUGUCUUCUGUUUGCGUCCCUUCUAAAGCCAAAUAUGGAGAUUUUUAAGGCACAGACGCCUUUCUAAGUAACACUGAAAUUGCUUUUUUUUUUUAAUCUUUUUAUUUUAGUUUUCUUACCAUCGGUCUUUGGUGGUUUUCAAAUUGGCUCAACAUCUUUGCAUCUGCUCUUCAGGAGAGAAAUGCACCUCCUCUCCAAAGCUGUACGUCCACGAUGUAUAUUUUCAAAUUCCGGUCUCUUCUCUGUGCAUUAGUUUCUGGUUAUGGGGUUCCAUGACGUUAUCUUAUUUUCAAAUGAGAAAAUAAAUCAGAUUUUGUUUAAA